CCCCCAGCCCGCCCCCAGCCCGCCGUCCUUCCCACGCCCGACUGGCGGACCUGCUGAGCGGUGUCCUCUCUGCUGCCGGGACAAAGGCGGUGCCACCAUGGCUCUCCGCGCGGCGCUCGGCCGAGGGGACCGGGGCGCCGGCGCCAAGGAGCUGGAAUCCCUUGACAUCUGUAUUCAGCACACGCUCUCUGCCCUCUACCCCCCCUUUGAGGCCACGGCAGCCACGGUGCUCUGGCAGCUGUUCAGCGUGGCAGAGAAGCUCUACCGUGGGGAUGGGCUGCGCUGCCUCACAGACUUCCUCAUCCCGGCCAGGAGGGCCCUGCAGCACCUGCAGCAGGAGGCCUGUGCCCGGUACACAGGCCUCCUCUUCCUGCAUGAAGGCUGGCCGCUGUGCAUCCACGAGAAGGUGGUGGUGCAGCUGGCAUCCCUGCGCGGAGUCAGGCUCAGGCCUGGGGACUUCUACCUGCAGAUCACCGCUGCCGGGAGGCAGUCGGCCAGACUGGUCUUGAAAUGCCUGUCCAGGCUUGGACGAGGCUCAGAGGAAGUCGCUGUCCCUGAGGCCAUGUACGGCUGCGUCUUCACGGGAGAGUUCCUGGAGCUGGUGAAUGGGGAGCGGAACAGUGUCCCCCUGCAAAACUGCUUGCUGACCUCGGGCUCAGCAGUCUAUCGCACCCCAUGGAGCAAUGUCACAGACCCCAUCUUUGUGCCCUCCAAAGGGACUGUCCUGCCCAGCUGCCCCGGACCCCCCAGGCCCAGCAGCGUCCUGGAGGCCCCAGCCCCAGCACCAGCCAUGGCCAGCCCUGCUUCCCAGGGGCACCCCGUGGCCCUGCCCCACUGUGGUGGGCAUCCUGGCAGUGCCCAGCCCCGCUCCCUUCCUUCCCCAAGAGGAGCUGAGUGUGAAAGCCCCAGGACCCUGUCUGGGAGCCCUAACAGAGGCCCUGAGGGCAUCAGCCCCUCAGAGCAGGACCCCUGGGAGCCCCCCAAGGGCCCGGGAGGACCAGGAGGGAGGCUGGACACCGUGGACAAGAAGGACGGCUCCCAGGCCCUCGCCUUCCUUGCAGAUGGGGGCAGCCCCAGCUCCAGGAGGCGGCUGCCUGGGACCCCAGCCAGCCUGGAGGCCAGACGCUGGUUCAGAAAGUCCUACAUGGAGGCGCUGCAGAACCCCAUGCCACUGGGCUCCAGCUCCGAGGAAUCCAUCGGGGACGAGGUCUGUGGCUCCCGGAUCCAGGGCUGCAGGACCAGGGGGCCUGAGGCAGCUACCAGCUUGGCCCGUGAAGAGCCCCCCCGCCCCUGGCGAGCCCCCCAGCAGCUCCUGAGCGAGGAGAGUGGCCCAGGAGCCCCAGGAGGGACCCUUCCCAGGAGGUCGCGGUCCUGGGACAGGACCCUCAGAGGUUCCCGAGAUGACAGCCGGCAGGUGCCCCGCCACUCAGCCAGCGCCAGUCCCGAGGGUCUCCUGGGAGGACCAGCCAUGGAGACCAGACCCGCAGGCUCCAGCCAUCCAGGCACAGCAGAGAGUCCCAGUGGCACCAGCCAGGAAGCUGAUGUCGAUGCAGAAGGCAGCAGCUUCGGAGGGGCCAGACCCAGCCAGCAUUCAGACGUGCUUCCCGAGCAGCUCUGCCCUGAAGGUGAGGGGCGCUGCACAGGAGACCUGCUGGGUCCCGUGCCCAGGCAGGUGCUGGAGGUCAACCAGGAGCUGCUGCAGUCGGGGGUGGUCACCCUCCCAGGAACCCGAGACCGUCAGGGCAGAGCGGUGGUGCAGGUCUGCCUGCGGGGCCUGCCUUGGUCCAGCGAACACACGUCCAGCACGGAGCUGACCCGCCUGCUGAGAUACCUCCACACCGUCCCCAGGAAGGAGGUGCGGGAGCUGGGGCUGGUCAUCCUGGUGGACGCACGCAAGAGUCUGGCCGCCCCUGCCCUCACCCAGGCCCUGGCAGCCCUGCAGAACACAUCCCCUCCCAUAAUUCAUAGUAUUUUGCUGUUGGUGGAUAAAGAAUCAGCAUUUAGGCCUGACAAGGAUGCAGCAAUUCAGUGUGAGCUGGUGAGCUCCCUCAAGGCCCUGCACAGACUGGUGGACAGCGCCCAGCUGACUGCCGCGCUCGAGGGCUCCUUUCGCUACAGCCACGGGGCCUGGAUCAGCUUCCGCCGGAAGCUGGAGCCCUUUACCGCCAACUGCGAGGAAGCCAUUGUUUUCCUACAGAAUUCAAUCCGCUCGCUGCACGCCCACAGGACCCCAAGCACAGCACAGGAGGUCGCAGAAUUGAUCCGCAAACACAAGGCGAUGAUGAGGUGUGUCCUGGAAGACGUGCGGCUGGUGGGCUUGCGGCUGGAAGGCGGCACUGUGCUGGCAUGGCUGAGGCGAGAGGAGCCUGGCACGGGCUGCGACUGCCGAGACGCCAUCGAGGCUGCCUCCAGGCUGUACAACCAAGUGGACGAGGAGGUCCACAGGCUGGUCCUCACCUCCAACAGGUGUCUGCAGGAGCUGGAGGGCCUGCAGGAACUGAAGGUGCUCCAGGAGGGAGGAGACCGGCGAUGUCACUGGGAAGGACUGCAGCUGAUGGCAAAGGACUUGCGAGGCACAGAGGACGGGACCCAGGACUUCAGAAGGUGUCCGAGCCCCAUGGCCGGCCCGGCUGAGCAGAGGGAGGGAGGCCAGGCCCGCCUGGCUGAGUUCUGCGAGACGGUACACGCAUCCACGCUGUGCCUCCUGGGGACACGCGUGAGCGCCCUGUCCCCUUGCUGCGGACCCUGGACAUUCGGAGGGCACCUGGGCAGGCCUGAGCGGGUCCCGCUCUGGGACAGUGGCAGCACCCCGUCAGACCACCCCACUUUCCCUAGGCCUGUGGGAGUUUAUUUAUGUACCCAGCAGGCCACAGGGACCCUCAAGACCCAGAAUGAUCGCUGCAGCCCAGCAGCACCUGCACACUCGCCAGCCCUAAAAUUGCUCACUGUUAGGGUGCCGGGGUCAGAGCCCUCAGGAGCACAGAAUCCACGGGGCCAGGCAGGCCAGGAACUCUGGCCACUGUCACUAUCCCUUGGCUCCCACACCAGGCAGAGAUGGGGACUGUUUCACGGUCUUUCCAGCCCUGAUGGUCCAGUGUGGCCGGCAGCUGCCCUCACGGGCAGAGGGUCUUCUUCUUGCUCUGGCCUCUGGCUCACCCUGGUCAGCAGAACAAGCAGGGUGAGUGGGUGGACACCACGGCGCAGUGCGCCCCUCGAGCACCUGGGCCCAGAGCUGGCCGCCGAGGAUCUGAAGAGCUGUCUCCAGGAGGCCAAACGGAGCUUCCCCAGGAUGAGCGAGGUGGUGGCUGGCGGUGACUUGUGGCUGCAGACUGGAGUCCAUUGGCAAGAGGCCCUUGGAGAGGCAGCCCCCAGCCCUGGCACCCCACCCCUGGGCCGGAACCCCCUGAAGCACGAGGGGCGGCCCCUGGCACCUUCUUGGACCCCCCUGGGCUGCACUGGAGAAUGGGCCCACCUGCUGCCCAGCCUUGCUGGACAAGUGGCUCUGUGUGGGUGGGAGGGUGAGUGCCUGGGCCCAGGUGUACUUGCCCAGGACCCCGGCUCCACCUGCUCCUCCGAGCCCAUGCAGACACCCACUGUCCACCCCAGGAAGCAUCCAACGAGAAAGGUGACAAGGAAGACACAAAGCUUUGAGAUUCCUCAGCUCGAUGCAGACCACAGGGACUCCCACUGGCUGGGUCACACCGGGGUCUUUAUUGAAGGCCUGGAGGUGACCAGCGCCGUGGCCUCCGAGACUUCCCCACUGAGGCCACAUGCCAAGCGCACUUCCGUGCCUCGGAACCAGAGUCUGUCCUCUCCCUCCAGGACCCACCCCCCGAGGAUGGGAGGGCGCGAGCAGAGAGGCGAGGCGGAGGCCCUCCAGCUUAUGGGCGCGGGGGUCCGUGGGGACGCUCAGCCGACCACAGUGCGUGAUGGCCGAGAUGGUCUCACGGGGAGGGAGUAUGUUAGGUCCUUGAGAUACGUCAUCGACAGCUGUUUCCCAAAACUGGAAAGGGCAGACCUGCACCAGGACCUUCGAGGGAAGCGCAGCCUCCUUUUCAGCAACUGGAAGAAGUUCUAUGCCUUCCGCUGCCGGCACUGCCCCGGGGAGCUGGAGCGCUGCUGCUGCUGGCACUGCCCCUGGGCCGUGGCCCACGGGUUCCUGGGACAUGAAGAGCAGUUUGGAUGCUUGCUCUACAGCAAGCACAAGCUCCUGUUGGAUGCCCUGCUCCGCAGCAGCGGCAACGCCUUCAUCCAGGACAGGCAGUGGGAGCUGGGCAACAGGAUGGACCUCGCCUUCUACCUGCUGAGGCCCGUACAGCGCAUGGCCAAGUACGCACUGCUGCUCCGGGACCUGGAAGAGGCCGCCCGCUGCCCCGCCCGUGAGCAGGAGCUGGGGGAGCUGCGGGCCACAGAGGACGUGAUCCGCUUCCAGCUGUGCCUCGGCAACCAUCUGCUGGCCAUGGAUGCCAUGCGCGGCUGCGACGUGGAUUUGAAGGAGCAGGGGCAGCUAAGGCACCAGGAUGAGCUCCACGUCUGCUGUGGCACGUGUUUCUGUUUGAAGACUCACCUGUUCAGCAAGACCCAGAAGGUGGAUGGGGGCCCUGACGUGUACACCUACAAGCGGUCCUUCAAGGCACCGCAGGUCGGGACGACGGAGAACGUCGGGGACAGCGGCUUGAGGCUUGAGAUCUGGUUCCGAGGGCAGCGGAAAUCUCAGGACUACACUCUCCAGGCCAGCUCCUCGGAGGUCGAGACUGCCUGGGCGGCCGCCGUAGAGAAGACCCGGCGGCAGGCUCUGCAGCGCUGAGAACUCAGGCUGCAGAAGGUGGUGUCCAGAGGGAGAGACAGCAAGCCGGUCACGGACAUCAAGCCCGGCGAUGCAGCGACAAGCGACAGGGCCAUCGAUUACAACAUGAAGGGAACAGGUUAGUGGCCGCUCCCCCACCCCCGACUAACCUCCCCCAGAGUCUCUAAGCGCAUAAGCGCCCUGGGACCAGCACAGGCACAGGGGAGGGCCAGGGUUCUUUCUGUGCGCGGGCAUUUCAAUAGAAGGGGCUGGGCCCCUGGCCCCUGGUCACUCUACAGAGGUCACACCACUGGGCUCCAGGGGUGCCCUCAAGAGCAUCCUUCCAUCAGGGGUGGCACCUUGGGGACCCAGCACCUUUUCCUUCUGACACCCAGUCAUACCUGCCCGCAGCCUGGAGGCUGGCCAGUGCACUCUGAGGUCACCAAAGCCACAGUACGGAGCCUGCUGUGGUGUCCAGUUCUAAUUUGCUGGAACAUAAACAAAAGGGGGAAAGAUGGGAGGGAGGGGCUACAGCCGGGACCCCUCAGACAAGGCUGCAGCUGCAGGAGGACCCUCCUGCCCUGCUCGCUGAAUGGCGUGUCCAGGACUGUCACUCCUGCACCCCCAGUCUUGGAGCAAGAGUCCCACACGCCCCAGAGUCCUUCAGUGCGGCCCUGGGUGGGAGCCACAGGACGCCCGCCAGGGCUAGGCCUGGGCACGGUGCCCACUGUGUCCAGGAAGAGGCCCCAGCACUGCAGGUUCCUCGGCUCUGAGGCCAAUUCCUCCACUCAGAUCUCAGAGCCUGGACGUUUGGGGGUGGGGGGGGCUCGAAGGAGCACCAGGGGACAGCGUGGCAGUGGCACCCGUCUGGUCUGGGCAGGUUCAGGGCAGAGCAGGAGAGCCCCAGGCCACCUCCACCUCCUGCAGCCGAGUCUGGCCCAGAUCUAAUCACAGAUCUGUCAGUAAAUCUGGUUCCCUGUGCCUUUUCCGUAAACUGCACACGAAGUCAUCUAAUGCUCUGUUCACACAAUCAGCUCCUCGUGGGACACGUGGACAGAUACACACUCCCAUUCAUGUUCUGGGGUCAGCAAACGCUGAACAGACUCUCUUCAGGGCCAAAACCCUUUGUAGCCUUGGCCUUGGAUGCCCCGUGAUGCCGGCGGAGGCUGUCCUGGCCAUGCUGCUCCCUCACUCUCCAGACCUGUGAGUGUCACCUUGCAGAGGGUGUCCGUCCCUGCCCUUGCUCAGCCCGAUUGAUCUUCAAAAGGAUGCGUGUCCCCAAGUCUGAGAGCGCCGUGGGGGACAAGGCCGAGGGGCAGGGGUGGGGACGUAACAGUGGUCCGUCUUUGGCAGCUGUGAUGGAGCCAGAUGAGACGCGGCCCCUCUGCGCAGAGGAACCCGGACCCAGGUGAGCACACGAGGAAGAACGCACUCGAGCCGGGCUCCUGACCGCCCCCUGCCAGCCUCGGGGGGCCCGGGCAUGUGUCACAGGGGCCCCUCGUCCUGCCUGCACAGAGCCCCUGAGCAGGAGAGUGUGGACCCCCGGCUCUGGAGGACAGGGGACAUGGGGUGUCCCAGAGCAGGGGGCCCUCUGGACCGUGUUUCCCGGCCUGCCAGGUGACGCAGGCCACGGGGCCACCCACGUGCAGCCUGUGCGCUGUGCCCCGGAAGCCAGGAGCCAUUCCUGAGCAUGACAGUCACCUUUAAAAAGCUGGGUGCUGCUAGCGGUGCUGGAGUUAGGUUCCACCGUGAGUCUGGGACAAGUCAGGCUGUGCUCGGACAAGCUGGGCCUGUGCUGGGCGGUCCUGUCGGUGUGGAUGAUACCUGAGAGGACCCCUCACCACUCUGAGGAGGCCUUAACAGGCCUCCUGCCACAGGCGCCCCCUCCCCCCAGGCCCCAUCCUGGGCAAGGGCGACACCAGACGUCAGCAGCUGGGGGCAGGGGCCUCAGCUUCCUCAUCAGCUGCUUUCCCUGUUCCCCGUUUCAGUGCCGACUGUUCCCAACUUCAGGAACAUAAAUGGAUUAUUUUUUCCUUCCACACAGUCAGGCCUCUCCUCCUGGGUUCUGCUGGGUCAGGGGCAUGACCAGCAUGCCGACCCCAGGGAGCUUGGCCCCUGCAUGAGGGGACAGGGCCCUGGGUGGCUGAGGCCCCUCUGGGAUCAGCCUGGUCCCUGUCCCUGUCCCCCAUCCUCAGGUGAGGUCAGGGGAAGCUCCCGUCACCUCCCACACACCUUGCCUGCCUGACAAGGCUGGGAUCCCCUGGAGGGUGAUGCCUCCCCAACUGAUGUCGACCCCCGCCCCACCCCAGAGGAGGCACUGCUGAGGUGCUGAGAGAACAGCAAGCAGGACUGUCCCUGAUGGAGGGUCUGACC